UUUCAACCCGAUUUUACAUAAGAGGGCAAAUUCUAAUGGCAGCUCUAAUGGCAGCACUAGUAUAGUAUAACUAUGAAUGUAGCUGCCUACGUAGGCAACGAUUUAAGAAGGAUUAUAAAAUCGUAGAUAGCUACACUACGAAGAAGUAGUCGUUAGUGCCAACACGGAAGACUCGCCUUCAGUAUCAUCACCUUUUUUUUAUAAAAAAUAUAUUAUCCAACAACCCCUGAAUACCAUAUCUAUUGACCCCAAUAGUCGUCACCAUGAACAAAGGAACAUCUCCAGACCAAUUCUUCCAGACCGAUGCCGAGCAGGCCAACAGAGAAAGGCGUGCGGUGAAAUCUGGUAACAAGAAUGGCAACCCCAUCGCCUUGAAAUCAAAGCUGUUAGCUGCUAUAUCGGACCCCACCGACCCAUCCUCAGUUCUCAUUGCCGAGUCUGCCGGAUCAGUCCGUAGGGUGAAUGUCGAUACGGGGGAUACCAAGCAGGUGUUCCGAGGUCCAUCAGCCCCAGUAACUUGCGUUGCUGUUGGCGGGUCCAGCAACAGUACACUAUUUGCCGGCUCUUGGGAUAAGAACAUAUGGUCCUGGGACCUAGCUUCUAAGACACCUGGUCGCAAAUACGAUGGACAUUCGGACUUUGUUAAGGCCGUCGUGACCGCCAAGAUUGGAGGAAAGGACAUUCUGAUCAGCGGCGGUGCAGACAAGAAGAUCAUUGUAUGGGACCUCGAAACCGGAUCUCGACUCCAUGUGUUGCAAGACCAAGCUGUGUCAAUGAUGGCCAUUCAAUACCUUGUCGUUGACCCAGUGCAAUCGGGACCUGACGAAGUCAUACUUGUCAGUGCCAGUAGCGACCCUCACAUCCGUCGAUGGCGCAUUCGGCUUGAUGGCUUUGAACAGAUCAAGGAAGCCUCGCCGGAUGAACCUGGGGCGGUUCGUCACACAAUCUUAGAACAUGAUACUACGGUAUACAAAGUGGUAUUUGAUUCCGAAGGCGAAGAGGUCGACCUAUGGACAUCAAGUGGCGACGGCACAGCAAAGUGUCUAUCACGGCUCAAGGGGUUUACUACUGUCGAUUCCUUCCGCCACGGUGACCACGUGCGGGCCGUUGCCAUGACGGAUCAAUGGGUAAUCACCGCUGGAAGGGAUGAGGAUAUCAAAGUUUGGAAUCGUUCAUCCGGGACACUAUACAGUAUACUCGAGGGUCACUACUACGAGAUUACCGACCUGGUCCUUCUCAACGCAGGCAAGCGAAUUGUUUCGGUGUCUAUCGACGCGACGGUAAGGACAUGGCCACUUGGCCAGGCCGAACUUGAUAAGAUUAAUAAGGAGAGAGAGGAUAAGGGGCUUAAGAACGAAACGCCAGAAGAGCCCAAAAAGGGGCUUAUGACAGCAGAGGAAGAAGCUGAACUUCUUGCGUUGAUGGAAGACGAUGAAUAAUACCCCUGAGACGUUUCGAGGCAAGCGACGAAUUACUCGAAGACAUGAGUACCUUUCACUUAGGUAGAUUAGGUACGGAAAUAGACAGGUAUAAAUCUGCUUGAGACCUCUUUAGGGAAAAGCGGUUAUGAUCGCGGCUGUCGGCCGAUGAACGGGAGUCUUUGUUUCACCCCAAUUAGAUGAAAAAGUUCACGUGUAUGAGGCGGCCAUGCGGCCAUGCGGCCGAUAGAUCAUAGGCCAGUGUCCCCUGAAACCUUAAUCUCGUACUCCCACUCGAGUUUCAUUGGCGUCGUUUGUCUGACUCGAAUUAAAAGAGGCGGCUGAGUUUGAGGAUAUAUCAUGUACUACUCCAUUUCACCUAAGUCAUACCACACGGCUGGCAACAGCCUGACGGUCCCCUGCGGCAAUAGUUGAUAUUCUAUAUAAAAUAAAAUAAAAUGAAAUACAUCAUAUAUCGUCAACCAAUUCAUCCUAAUAGCC